AUGAACUUCCCUGAUGAGGUGUCAGUUUGGGGGACUGGUUUUAACCUGGAGGGUGGCCAGCCAGCUGGUGCCCACACAACCAGGCCUGGAGCCCCACCGGGCCAUGGCCGUGACCUGGAUUUUGGCAUGCCGCGCAGCAGCAAGGGCGAGAGCAGGUUCACAGAUCCUGAGGGCUUCAGCUUCGAGUCUGAGAGUGAAAUGAUAGAGUAGGGAAGGGUGGUGCUCUUGGGUCAGGGAGGCAGGCCUGACCCGGUCAAGGACCAAGGGGAUGGUGUGGACUACUCUUCCUACCCAGCAGAGGAGCCAGCCGCCAUCAUGCCACCACCCAGCAUCCAGAGACACCCGUCCUUAGAAGUCGCUGCUGACAAAGGGUCUGCUAACAUUUGGACGGACCCGAAGGUUGGUCCUGGCGGGAGAGGCGCACUGGGCCAUAGCCCUGGAAAACGGCAACAGGUCUCCAUCGGCUCUCUCUACCUCAGUGGUCAUGGGACAGGCCCAGCUUGGGAGAACCUGGAAAGGGGCUCAAAGAGCAGACAGAGUGUCCAAGUGGAUCCCCAGCAGCCCUCCGAGAAAGGCCCCUCCAGGCUGUCUACCCACGAGUCUGAUUCUCAGGGCAAGCCCGGAAGCCCCAAGAAGCCAGCAGACACUUGCAGACUCCCGAGUUUCCACCGCAGGGAGAGCAACCGUCAAGUUCAGGACCCUCUCCUGACCUCUGCUCCCCACAGACUCACUCCAGCCGUGGAGGGGCCCGCCGUGGGAAAGCUGGACGCGUCUUCCUCGAAGAAAAUGCGGAGCACGGCCUGGGGAAAGGUGGGGGUCAGGCCCAGCUGCUCAGGAGCUGCCGUUACAGGGCCAGUGCCCCGGGGCUCUCCAGGAAGGAAGGUGGCCCAGGACAAGAAAUCCCUAGGGGGUGAGCCAAAACGGGCCCCGGAGGGAGCCUUUCCUGCCUGGGGGCAGAGACGUUCAACAAUUCCGCAGGAUCCGGCCAGCUUUCCGCCAGUCUCUGGUGUGGGUCUCCUGGGGAAGUCCGGGAGACCCAAGGAGCUCAAGCACUGCAGCCCUGGGAAGAAAUCUGCGGGAAGAAAAACCAGAGAGUCCCAGGCUGCGGCCAGAGAAGAUAAUGACACGAAUAGAGAUGAGGUCCCAGGGGCCCAACUUCCCACACACAAGCCAGACGUGAUUUCCCUGUCCAUGCCUCGUGGAGAAUGCAGCAGUGGGGACCCCGCCAUCAGAGCUCCCCAAGUUCCAGGAACCUCACAGCCCUCGGCCUUGAGCGUGAGACGUCUCGUGCCCAGACCCCGUGAGUCUUGUGGGUUUGAUAGGGGUGACCAUCGGCGGCCUGUCCGUCCCCCAAGACCGGAAAGGGAGCAGCCGCCCCCGGGAGUCCCAGGCUGUCCUCGGUGUGUCUGGCUGCAGAGGGAAGUUGAGGACCUUAGGGAGCAACUAGGUAUGACGGAGCCCUGGCUGGGGCAGGGAUGGGCAGCGCUGUCUUUCUGCAGGUGCCGAGGGUGGGGCUGGGGUGCAGGUGCAGGCCGCAUCACCGGGACUGACUUUCCCCUGGGGAAGAGAACCAAGCAGGCCUGGCCCUGGAGCCUUCCGUGCCUUUCCAGCUGGGGUGUGCACAGACAGCAAGGGUCGUCUGAACUCCAUGAUGGAGCCAGCGUCUUCCUACAAGAUGUGCAGCUGCUACCUCUGGAGCCCCUGAGCUGCAGCCAAGCUGGUUCCCUCCGAAUCCUCUUCAGCCAAGGCUUCCUCUCUUCCUCUGCGUUUGCCCUCUUCCCACCGCAGUUCACAGCAGUUUCAAAUAAAGUCAUUCUCAUAUUCUGUGGUCUGUGGUCUGCCCUCUCUGCAACUGUUGGAGGGCUGGGCGCGGGGGUGGGGGGGGAGGGGUGGGGGCGGCGGCGGGGAGUGUUGCUCCGUUCCCUGGCGCUGGAAGAACAGUUUCCCUGGAGCUCUGCGGUGGGCCCUCUCCCUGCGACUUGCCUGGACCGGCCUCUGCGCAGCAGCCCUCCAGUCACCAUAGUGCUCUGGGUCCAGGGUUAUUUCCGUGCUGUCGAGGAACACGGCAGAGCCCAUCCUCCCCUUCAGGGGCCCAGUCCUCCUUCUGGAGCCAUUCUGUCCCUCCGGUUCCACCGCGCGCACACAGGUCAUCUGGGCCAGGAACCCGCGCGGCAUCCUCAGUUCCUCUCUCGGCCGUCACCUUUGAACCUCAGUUACCAAAUCCCGUCAGGUCUCUUCCUCAGCUUCAGUAGCCAGGUGGAGGCAGAAGCCACAUCCCGGUGGGUGGCCAAGCAAAAGGGAAGGCACAGGGAGCUCGGAAGAAAAGGGCGGGUAGUCUCUUGGUUGGAGGUGGGGGCAAUGGUCUGUUCUGGAGCCUGCGGGCCAACCUGGUGGAAACUGCCUGCCAGCAGCUACACGAAAGGCGGCUUCCACAUCCUUGGUGUCCUAUAG